AGAUGAGGAGCUCAGUGGCCACCAUUGGAAGUUGACAAUGAUCAAUUGAGAGCAGUCAUCGAAGCUGAUCCUCUUACAGCUACACAAGAAGUGGGCUAAGAACUCAAUGUAGUCGACCAUUCUACAGUCAUUUGGCAUUUGAAGCACACUGGAAAGGUGAAAAAGCUGGAUAAGUGGGUGCCUCAUGAGCUGACCAAAAAUCGAAAAAGUAAUCAUUUUGAAGUGUCAUCUUUUCUUAUUGUGUGCAAUGACAAUGAACCAUUUCUUGACCAGAUUGUUAUGUGCCAUGAAAAGUGGAUUUUAUAUGACCAGUGACAACCAGCUCAGUGGUUAGACUGAGAAGAAGCUCUAAAGCACUUCCCAAAGCCAAACUGGUGCCCAGAAAAAGUCACUGGUCACUGUUUGGUGGUCUGCUGCCAGUCUCAUCCACUCCAGCUUUCUGAAUCCUGGCGAAACCAUUACAUCUGAGAAAUAUGCUCGGCAAAUCAAGGAGAUGCACCGAAAACUACAGUACCUGCAGCUGGCAUUGCCCAACAAAAAGGGCCCGAUUCUCUUCAACAAUGCCGGACCACACAUUGCACAACCAACACUUCAAAAGACCUGUCUUUUACUCCAUCCUUUUUAGUAAUGCUACAGGACGAAGAGGAAUGGAUAAAAACAUUGGUGAGCAACUCAAUAAAGCAUAUGAAGCCUUCCGACAGGCAUGCAUGGAUAGAGAUUCUGCAGUAAAAGAACUACAGCAAAAGACUGAGAACUAUGAGCAGAGAAUACGUGAGCAACAGGAACAGCUGUCACUUCAACAAACAAUUAUUGACAAGCUAAAAUCACAGUUACUUCUUGUGAAUUCUAGUCGAGAUAAUAGUUAUGAUUAUGUCCCCCUGCUUGAAGACAGUGAAGCAAGGAAGAAUAAUUUGACUCUUGAUCAGCCACAUGAUAAAGUGAAAUCAGGAAUACCAAGAGAAAAACAAUCAAAGGUAAGAAGACAAGAGGUUUCUUCUCCUAGAAAAGAAACUUCACCAGGGAGUCUUGGCGUUUCUUUAUUCCAUGAAAGGGGUAAUAUAGAGAAGACCUUUUGGGAUCUGAAGGAAGAAUUUCAUAGAAUAUGCAUGCUAGCAAAAGCACAAAAAGACCACUUAAGCAAACUUCAUAUACCAGACACUGCAACUGAAACACAGUGCUCUGUGCCUAUACAGUGUACGGAUAAAACAGAUAAACAAGAAGCGCUGUUUAAGCCUCAGGCUAAAGAUGAUAUAAAUAGAGGUACACCAUGCAUCACAUCUGUCACACCAAGAGGACUGGGUCGAGAUGAGGAAGACACCUCUUUUGAAUCACUUUCUAAAUUCAAUGUCAAGUUUCCACCUACAGACAGUGACUCGACUUUCCUACAUAGCACUCCGGAGAGACCCGACAUCCUCAGUCCUGCCACAUCUGAGGCAAUGUGCCAAGACAGAUUUAAUAUGGAGCUCAAAGAUAAUCCAGGAAACUUUGUUAAAACAGAAGAAACUUUAUUUGAAAUUCAGGGAAUUGAUCCCAUAGCUUCAGCUAUACAAAACCUUAAAACAACUGACAAAACAAAACCCUCAAAUUUUGUAAACACUUGUAUCAGGACAACUCCGGAUAGAGCUGCCUGUUUAUCACCUGGAGACCAUAAUGCAUUAUAUGUAAAUACAUUCCCACUUCUGGACCCGCCUGAGGCACCUUUUUCCUCACUCAAUUCCCCAGGAAAAGCUAUCCGAGGACCACAGCAGCCCCUUUGGAAGCCCUUUCCUAAUCAAGGCAGUGACUUACUGGAACUAAGUGGCACAGACUCAGAACUGCAUAUACCUCGAGUAUGUGAAUUCUGUCAAGCAGUUUUCCCACCAUCUAUUACAUCCAGGGGGGAUUUCCUGAGGCAUCUUAAUUCACACUUUAAUGGGGAGACUUAAGACACAUUUGAAAACAGACAUAUCAAGUCCUAUGCGAUGAUUUUGGGUUUGUAAUACUAUAACUACUUGAUUAUGAACUAAAUUCAAGAUCAUUCAUAGGAAAAUCUCUUUUCACAGCUAUUUGAAAUUUUUUCUAAACUUCUUUUAUAACUUUAAUUAUCUUUUAAAAGAUCAUUCUGUACAAAACUGUAGCUCAUUGUAUUCAUGUUUACAGUGUUACUACCAUAAUUCAAAAUUAUGUAUGUGACUUAGCGUUAUAUAAUCAUAAUUUAUGUUUGUUUCAAAUAUCUAAGCUUAUUACUUGGAUUUCUAGUGAGAUGUAUUGACUUUGGUGAUGUCAAAUGUUUAUAGGGUUUUUUCAUUUGAUUUCAUUGAAAAAUUUAGAUUAUUUAUGCUAUAGGUAAAAUUCUGUUUGAAUAAAUCUAUAAUAAACAAUAAGAAACAAUGUAAACAUCUAAGUAAAUGCCAAAGAUAUUUGUUGCCCAGUGAUAAAAUCACUGAUAGAAUUAUUUAAAUGUUAGAUCAUUUUUAAUAAUAUACAUGGCUUUAAUUUUUACUAUGUGUAUAGCUACAUGAUGAAAUGAAUAGAAUAUUAAAAGAGUUAGUUAUGUUGUGA